CGCGACGGCGCCUACUUCUCCCACCAUGACGUCGUCUGCGGACGCUGCUGACGCGACUUCUACUGCAUGCCACACAACAUGCAACGAGAUCAGCGAGCGCACCUCCGUCUCGAUCAGCGUAGCGCUGAUCCUCUUCGUCUUCGUCUUUAUCGCCAUGCAAGCCGUCUCCCGCUGGAACCACAACAACUCGUCCACCAGCGAGUUCCCCCGGCCCACACCCGCGGGCCAUCGCCCGCACAUGCUGCAGCGCUGGCGUCACGACCUCCCGCGCGUCUCUGCGCACCUCGUCUCGUUCUUCCCCCGGGUGCACCUCUCCCUCCACCACCAUCACCACACAGGCGCGGACGGCCUCGGUCGCGUCCGCUCUAACCCCGAGAUAGGGGGUGCCGUGGAGCUCGAAGCAGGGCGCGCACACGUUGGUGUUGAUGCUGCAGCCACGAAUGCUUCUUCUUCUUCGUCUUCUUCUUCUCUGCCCCCUGCUGCGAGUCCGGGCCGGAGAUCCGAUCUGGAUGUUGAGAUAGCGAGCAGGAGCGAGGACGGUGCGGGCGGCUCGUGCACGCUCGGGGGCUCGUCUAUCGCCUCGAGCAAGAAGGACGGGGAGGGGGGUGUGGAUGUGGUCAAGGAGGAGGUUGAGAUGACCGAGGACGUGAGGGCGGGGAACAACGUUCGCUCCGCCGCUACCGCGCCUUUGCCUGGUGAAGACGUGGGUGCAUCGCUGGUCCAGGAGCAAGAUCAGGCGCCUCCUUUGCAUAAGGAUACCGACGCCGAUGGCGCGAGGCGCGUUUAUGAUACGAGCGACAUUGGCGAGACGACGUGCGCUAUGGCGCCCGAGCACGACGCGGGGGUCGACACUAUCGGCAUGGGCCGCCAGGCGGUGCAAUAACACGAACCUAUGCAGGUCAUGCUCCCCGACGAAGCGCCGUCGAGGGCGGAGGAGGAGAUUGUGGAGGCGGAGGCGGGGAAGGAGGUGACGGCGGAGGAACGUACGAAAGACCUAUGUCGCGAUCAGAUAUCA